AUGGAGAUGGCGAAGGAGGCCUUUGGGUACAUGGUGAAGUACGGGAAGUCAUGGAAGGCCAAGCAAGCCGCCUUUGACAUAUUGUAUGGUGGUUGGGAAGAAUCAUAUAACUGCCUCGCGAUGGUGUUGAAAGCGAUGGCAGCAGAAAAUCCGAGCGUGGCCUUCAAGCAUUGUAGGCCGAUUAUGUCCGUGGAUGGCACAUUUCUUACCGGCUAUUUCAAAGGCACAUUGUUGAUCAUCGUUGCUAGAAAUGAUGGGGGUGACAAAUUGGUUCCAUUGGCUUUCACUUUGGUAUCGGCGGAGAACAACUCCAACUGGGAGUGGUUUCUUCAUGUAGUGAGGAUCAAGGUGAUUGGACCUCAAAGAGAGGUCUGCAUCAUCUCGGACCGCCAUCCAGGGAUACUCAAUGCAGUGGAGAUUGACAUUCCAGGACAUCCUCGCGUGCACCAUAGGUGGUGCAUGAGAUAUUUUGUGUCCAAAUUUUACCAAGCAUGUGGAGACAAGGAAUUAUCUGACCUUCUCCAGGAUUGUUGUCUCACAUUCACCACUAGACAUUUUGAGAAAUUGUGGGACAAAGUGUAUGCCAAAGCAAACAAUGGUGGCAAAGAUUUCCUAAAUAGGAACCUUGCCGAUAAAGGAAAGUGGGCACGGGCUCUCGACAACGAAGGAGUGAGGUAUGGUGACAUGACAAACAACAUGGCUAAAUGUUUCAACAUGGUGCUAAAGGGUAUCUGUGCAUUGCUGGUGACAGCAAUAGUAGAGUAUAUAUACAUUUCAGAAGUUGAAUGUCCAUUUUCAGAAGUAUAG